UAUAUAUAAUCCAGGCAGCAAGGGAAGCUAGCUAGUUAAUUAUAGCUAGUGAUCGAGAAGGGGAACGAGGAGGCACAGGCAAAUAAUGGGUCACCACUCUUGCUGCAAUCAACAGAAGGUUAAGAGAGGGCUUUGGUCCCCUGAGGAAGAUGAGAAACUCAUCAGAUACAUUACCACCCAUGGCUAUGGCUGCUGGAGUGAAGUCCCCGAGAAAGCUGGGCUGCAACGGUGCGGUAAGAGUUGUCGCCUGAGGUGGAUUAAUUAUUUGAGGCCUGAUAUUAGAAGAGGCAGGUUUACUCCAGAAGAGGAGAAGUUAAUUAUAAGCCUUCAUGGGGUCGUAGGCAACAGGUGGGCUCACAUUGCAAGCCACUUGCCUGGAAGAACAGACAAUGAGAUAAAGAACUAUUGGAAUUCGUGGAUCAAAAAGAAAAUAAGAAAGCCUUCAUCAGUUUCUUCAAACACAAGUGCACAAACUAGCGGUGAUCAUCAUCAUCAUCAUCCUCAGUAUAACUUCAAUAAUCCCAAUCAAUUAGACUUUGGGAACCAAGAUAACCUAACAACAAAACCACCACCAGUUCAUCAAGACACUAUAUUUUCUUCCACAUGCCCCUUAUUUAUGUUUGACACUAGCUCUUUAGAUGGUUCUGCAACAACAACGACAAUACUGGACAACCAUAAUGCAAGACCAGAAAUGUUAAUCCAUCAUCAUCAGCAAGAUGCUACUAUGGGUUUAGGCACAGAAACUUGGAAUCUGAGCCACCAUCAAAUUCAAGCCUUUCCUCCGCCUUCGUCAGCUUCUUUCACGGCGGCUUCUUCAGGCAUGGUCUCUUGUAAUUACCUGCCGCCAUUGAUAGAGAAUGUGGAUAACAUGGUGCCGCAUAAUAUUCAUGAAGUGCAAUCUUGCAGUAUAGAUGAAGAAGGAGAAAUGGCAUUAGAGUGCUUGCAGAGGCAAGAAUUGAACGAGUGGGUGGACACACAGCAACAAUGUCCCAACUUUAUUUUCUGGGAAAAUGUGGAAGGACAACUUGGUGGGGAAGAAAUAGUACCAAAUUCGUCAAAUUUGGGAACCACACUUUCUUCUUUUCCUUCGUCGUUAAGCAGGGGAAAAGAAAAUUUGCAGUCUCCUUGCCGCCUUCGCUCACACUUCCGCCUUGAAACCAUGAUUAUUCCUGAGAAGAACCGUCGUGAGAUCUGCAAAUACCUCUUCAAAGAGGGAGUUUGCUAUGCAAAGAAGGACUUCAAUAUGCCUAAGCACCCGGAGAUUGAUGUGCCUAAUCUACAAGUGAUUAAGCUGAUGCAGAGCUUUAAGUCCAAGGAGUACGUGCGUGAGACAUUUGCUUGGAUGCACUACUACUGGUACCUCACUAACGAUGGCAUUGAGUUCCUUAGAACUUACCUCAAUCUUCCUUCCGAAAUCGUACCUGCUACUUUGAAGAAACAAGCUAAGCCAGCUGGUAGACCAUUUGGCGGCCCACCUGGUGACCGUCCAAGGGGUCCACCUCGCUUUGAAGGAGAACGUAGGUUUGGGGACCGUGAUGGAUACCGUGGAGGUCCCCGAGGACCCGGUGGUGACUUUGGAGACAAGGGUGGAGCUCCUGCUGACUACAGGCCUUCAUUCGGGGGUUCUGGAGGAAGGCCUGGAUUCGGUCGUGGUGCUGGUGGUUUUGGAGCACCAACAAGCUCAAAUCUUUCAUAAUUGUAGUGAUUUGUGUUACCAUUUCUGCAGUUAAAUGUCAAGACAAGUAUGUAUGUCGUUUUAGUCAAGGCGCUAUGCUUGAUACCCCUCCAUUCGUUUUUGUCUUUAUAAUCAGCAGUGCUAUGAAGUUUUGGAUUUUGAGUGUUUUUUGUGACAGUUUAUGCAUCAGUUGUUCAAAUAUCAACUUGCUCUGCUUUUGAAUUUAUUCCUCUUGAAAUUA